UUCAGCUGUAACGAGGUUAAAAAAAAAAAGUGAUCAAAAGCAGGAAGUUAAGUAAAAACCACUGUGAUCUUUAGAGCAGCCCUACAGUGAUAGCUGUUUGACACUAGUGGAUACAGUAGCUGGUUCCCACCAUGAGACUUAACUGCCUGACCAUCCUCCAUGUGUCCAUCUUAGUGGCGCUCUUCCUCACUUUGGAUGCUGAUAGUGAAGUUUCAAAUUGUAAAGUUGAAAUUAAAGUAGGCAGCGCGGUUUACGAAUCUCUCCUUGGAGAAGACCUUCGGAUUAACUGCAUGGUUGCUUUUUGCAACAAUUCACCAGCGACAGUCUCCUGGUAUAAAGUUGGGGAAACUAAACAUGUCCCUGUCAAAGUCUGCAGUCACAGUAAAACAGAGUGUAAACUUGUAAAGCCUUUAGAAGGGAUAUCGUUUUUGGUCUUUGAAAAAAUACGCAAAAAUGACUCAGGUGUGUAUCAGUGUAAAGUGGGAGCCAGUUUGAGUCCUGAGAUCAGCGUCUCUGUCCAUGAGAGCCCAGAAGACUCCUUCUGGCCAUAUGUGUACCGUGGUGUCGGACUCAUGGUGUUUGUCCUCAUAAUGUUAACUUUAUGUGUUGCAUCAAGAUGCAGGUGUAAAGGAGAAUCCAGUGACACACCAGAUCUGAGCUGCCAGCCCUCCCAUGAUGCAUUGCCUCCCACUCAUAUCUAUGAAAACGAUUAUCCAGAAGGAAAUGAAGGAGAAUCCAGGGACACACCAGAUCUGAGCCGCCAGCCCUCCCGUGAUGCAUUGCCUCCCACUCAUAUCUAUGAAAACGAUUAGUAGUCUCCAUGUCUGUGCCUUGAUAUCAAUCUUCUCACUUCAAAUGAUUCAUAUCAAAACAUUUCAUAGUAUUCAUUUCAAGAUUUUGUAACCUGCAACUUGUAUCUCAUUUAUUCACAUUUUUACUGAUACUUGUUCAUCAAUGCUUGGCUUUGCUGUUAUGUUUUGUAUUUUUAUGUACUAUCCUUUGUGAAUGAUUAAUGUGGUUCU